GGUAAUUCAACCAAUACAAAUCGCGCAUGAUGAUCGGCAUUCACAUCAACCAAUUACAAUGGGCCAAGCAACAACGGCGGCCCAAUAGGAACGAAGCUUGCGUUUUGGUGAGUUGUGACCCACCAUGGCUGCCGUUAACAGCAGCAGGCUCUGCUGCUCCAAAUCACGGCUGAACGUCAUGUCCAGAUGGAACAGAAUGCCCUGCAAACUCUAUUUUAUCUUUACCUUCCUUCUUUUAUUUGUAAGCCUGGGGGUUUCCGACGAUGACCAUGAGAUGGAAGAGUUCCUGAAGCGGGAGUUUUCCCUCUCCAAGCCUUACCAAGGUGUGGGAUCGUUAGGCUCCUCCCACUGGGAGCUGAUGGGGGAUGCCAUGGUAACCACUGACCAGGUGCGACUCACACCUGACAUGCAGAGCAGACAGGGGGCGGUGUGGAGCCGCAUUCCAUGCCAUCUGAAGGACUGGGAAAUGCAGGUACACUUUAAAGUUCACGGGCAAGGGAAGAAGAACCUUAACGGUGAUGGACUGGCUAUUUGGUAUACCAAGGAGCGCAUGCAGAAAGGUCCUGUAUUUGGAAAUAAGGACAAUUUCACCGGCCUGGGUGUGUUUGUGGACACGUAUCCCAAUGAGGAGAAGCACAUAGAGGCGCAGAAGAAGAGAUACACCCCCCGCACCCAGAGGAUCUUCCCAUAUGUUCUCGCCAUGGUGGGGAACGGCACCAUUAGCUACGACCACGAGCGGGACGGCCGGCCCACCGAGCUCGGCGGCUGCAACGCCAUGGUGCGCAACCUCCAGCACGACACGUUCCUCUUCAUUCGCUAUGUCCGCCGCAGGCUCACGGUGAUGAUAGACAUCGAUGGUCAGCAUGAGUGGAGGGACUGCCUGGACAUUCCUGGAGUGAGACUGCCUCUGGGGUAUUACUUUGGAGCCUCUGCAAUCACCGGAGAUCUCUCUGAUAACCACGAUAUAAUUUCCCUCAAACUUUACCAACUGACGGUGCUGCGCAGCAAAAAGGAGGAGGAGGAGGAGGAGCAGGAUGUAAUAACGAUCCCCAGUGUGGACAACAUGGAGCUCCUUCGACUGGGUCAGAGCGAAGAAGGGAUGAGCGGAUUAGCCAUUUUCUUCACCGUUCUCUUCUCCAUGCUGGGAUGCAUCUUCCUCAUCGUCAUCGGCAUCGUGGUCUACAGCCAGUGGAGCGAGAGCCGACGUAAGCGCUUCUACUGAGGAACGCCUCGACGGGGGCGCCGCGAUCGCCAUAACUACCGCGGGCCACCGACCCAACCGAGAUCAGAUGAAAAGUAAGACGCCGCUGGCUGGUGGAGGAGGGGAUGCUUUUACCCAGAGGACCACACUAGUUUGAUAAAAGGUGGAGUUCAGGUUUCGCCUUCAACUGAAGCCAUUUGCCAGCAGUGGUUGUGAAGCAGCUGGAGCAAUGUACACUUUUUACUUCAACUCGACCUCAACGACUCCACCUCUGUGGUUCUAACACACCAGACACGAGCUGCCCUUUAUAAUGUAGGGUCGUCUUGGCUAAAAUCAAGUUGUCCUGCCUUUUUACUGUAAAACGAAUGCAAAUCUAUCGUCUUUGAAAAAUUAUUUUAUUUCUAGUUAGCUUUCUAAAUUAACUUCUUUAUAAUUAAGUGAACCGAAUUUAUUUAUGUGUUAACCAUGUUUUAAAGCUGAAUAAUAUAUAUAUUGCAAAUUUAGGGUUACUGCAAUAUCACUGAAUGCACUAAAUGUUUGUUAAUUGAAGGACCGUGCUUCCAGGCUCUCUAUAUACAGCGGUGCCUUGACUUACAAGUUUAAUUUGUUUUGUGACGGCGCUCCUAAUUCAAAUUACUUUUAUGUCAAAUCAGCGUCCCCCACUGAAAUAUAUUGAAUCAAGCCUGAUGCGUUACGGAUGCUCUGCAACUUUCCUGUAAUGUGGUUUUGAAUAAGAAAAAUAUCCAAAGAAAAACACUAACAGUAUUGGAUGAAAAACAACAACAAAAUAGAAAGUACUGAAACAACCUGGUUUUAUUAAGUACAGAGUGACGUAUAGCAUUUGCCUUGGGGAUCAGACGACAUGACGAAGCUGAUGGUGUGGAUUUUUGCCCCAUCACUGCAUUUUCUUCUUUUAUAAGGAUUUUAAAUAAAAACCUGUCAAUGAAAUCAAUUUCCUCCUCCUUUCAGAAUGUCUCUGAAAUGAAGGAGGCAGCUGUCAACAAAUGGCAACGUCACACACUCUAAUUAGUUGCUAGUCGCUAAUUAUUCCUUUUUAAUAAAGGCUGAAAGUUUCUCCUACAUCC